AUGUCUCUAGCAUCGCUUUACUUAAAUCUAGCCCGGGAUUUGUUGAGGUCGGCCGGUCUCGACCUCCGCCAGUCCCAUGCGCAAGCAAACUCGGCCGACCAAGCGAGCAAAAGACUAUUUUGGAGCAUAUAUAUCCUAGAACAACUCUACGGCGCGCACAGCAACAGGACCAUCUCCAUGAAAGGCGGUCUAGAUAACCUUCGUUACUGCGUCAGCGUCGGCGACCAUGCCCGGCGCGCCUUAGCUCUAGAACCACCCGUGGUACCCGAGGAAGUCUCACAUCACGGCGACGCCAAAGAUCUCGGGAUCUGGAACUAUACAGUCUGCCUGAGCGCUUAUUGGAAUGAGGUGAGAAACUACAUCUUGCUCUGUGCCUCCGACACCGAACGGGCACCGUGGGCCCCAGAGUCCUACUACACUCUGAUCGUCUCUUACAUGCAUGAACUGGAGACCCAGCUCCCGCAACCUCACCGAUGGGACUACAAGCGGUUUCUGCAAUGGUCGCCAGAUGCACUGGAGCGCGAACGCUCUUAUUGGGGACCGUGGCUGUUUUUCCAAUUCACCUACCAUGCCAUCUACACCAUCAUCAACCAUCCGUUUCUACUGACCUCGCGAUCGCAACCCUUGAAACUCAAAAUGCCCAAUACCUUCUGGAGAACCUCGUCCGAAUCGGUGCUGUUGCAUUCGACGUGGAUCAUACGUCUCAUCACCAUGACUCGGGACAAGGAAUUCGACCUCUUCGACCCCUUUCUGGGCUAUACUGCCGGCGUGGCUGCCAGCGCUCAACUGUUCUACUGUAGAUCCCAGAACGACGAGCUGAGACGGUCUGCACAAGACAACUUUGAGAAGUGCAAAACAUUCAUUGAACGCCAAGCUCAAGUCUGGCCGUGGUGUCAUCGAAUUAAACAAAAUCUCGAGAACCUCGUCGACCACGCCUUCGGCAGCAAUGCGGCACACCAGCCCACCCAGACCAUCUGUAUCGACACCACCGCGAUGCUGGAGAUUCUCGACUACAGUCGGCCGGGGGCCCCAGGGGGCGCUACUGAUGGUCCUGGCCGAGGCUUGUUCGACGGUAGUCUGUUACAGCUUCGCGACGACGGAGCUGGGGAUCAAGUAGCCACCAUUGAGAUUUCCGAAGAUAUGAGCGAAGCGGCUGGCCGGCCGGUCGCACCGCCCAUAUGGAGACCUGCAGCUGCGAGUACAACGACGACUACGGCGACGACUUCUGCAAACGACUACGAUCGGGGUCGUGGUCGUGAUCAGAACCAAAUCCAAAUCCAAAUUCAACAACAGAGCCAAUCUGACAUCUCUCUACCGACUCCAAGUGAUGCACCUUCCAACACGACCCCCGUCGAGCCGCUCCAUGAUACGGAGGUCUUUUCAUUGCCGGCCGACAACUUUACUGAUGGCAUGUUACAGGAUAUAUUCCAUCAAGACCUGCAGUGGUGGGAUGUCGGCAAUUCAUGA